AUUAUUCCUUCCCCUACAUUCACCCUUCUUCUGCUCGGCUAUCCUAAUUUUCCCUUCUUCUUCUUCUUCUUCUCCUUCUUCUCUGGAUUGGUGAUUGUUCUCAUCUCUUUUUUCUUAAUCAUACCGUGGUGGAAUUUUCUGCUUCAUCAUCUUCCAUAAUCAAAUCAGUGGACUUCAAUCUUCCGACUUGAUAAUCUCCAUCAAUAUGGCCACAGAGUACGAUCACGAAAACGGUCGCUAUGACGACGAGCCUCGCUUCUCUCGCGACCGCAGCGCAUCUCCUCGCGAUGAGCCUCGUGCCGAUCGCGCCCGUAGCCGCUCUCCCAAUGGUCGCGCCGAUGACCGAGCUCCCAUCGAGCCUCGUAAGCCUCUUGAUGAUGAAGAAGGUGCUGUCAACACUGGCUCCAACCUUUUCGUCACUGGCAUCCACCCUCGCCUGACUGAGUCGGACAUUUCGCGUCUUUUUGAGAAGUACGGUGAUGUCGAGAACUGCUCCAUCAUGGUCGACCCCCAUACAAAGGAAUCUCGUGGCUUCGGAUUCGUCAAGAUGGUGACUGCUGAACAAGCCGACGCCGCCAAGGAGGGUCUGCAGGGUGAGGUUAUCGAGGGCCGUACUCUCAGCAUCGAAAAGGCCCGUCGUAGCCGCCCUCGCACCCCUACCCCCGGCAAAUACUUUGGACCCCCCAAGCGUGGUCAGUAUCCCCAUAUCGGGAGCGAUAUUUUGUCUCAUUCAUUUUUCUUUUCUUUUCUUUUCUCUCUUUCAUUCUUCAAGUCAACUCACAAUGUUGGCAGACUUCCGGGGCCCUGGCCGCGGACGUGGUGACCGCUACGACGACCGUCGGGGCGGAUACGGAGGCAGCUGGCGUCGCAACGACGACUACCGCUAUGGCCGCUACGACUCUUACAGUGACCGCCGCGACUACGGUGGUCGAGGUGGCGACUACCGUGACUACCCUCGUCGGGAUUACCGUGACGACUACGGUGGUAGCUACCGCGGGAUCGAUCGUUAUGCUUCGGGAGGACGGGAAGACCGGUACAGUCGCGAUGAACGCCGCGAAGAGCGCCGUGAAGAGCGCCGUGGCUAUUAUGAUCGCGAUGCUAACCCUGCCAGUUACAGCCAUAGUGGUGGUGCUCCUCCUCCCCCCCGUGAGGCCUAUGCCGGUGGCGGU